CUUUUCCACGACAGGAAACUAGCGUGCCUGAGGUGCUCGGUUCUUCACCAGAAGCUAAGGCCCGCAAUCCGGCGACUAGCACCGUCAGAUUUAGGCAUCCACCGCAACGAAUAUAACAUCCAACAUCUAAAAUGGCCUCCGUAUCAGAACUUGCCUGCAUUUACUCCGCUUUGAUCCUCCACGACGACGAAGUUACCGUCACCGAGGACAAGCUGAAUGCUCUGAUCAAGGCUGCUGGAGUCACCGUGGAGCCCUUUUGGCCAAGUCUCUUUGCCAAGGCUCUGUCCAGCGUUGACAUCGGCAGCCUGAUCUGCAACGUUGGUGCUGGAGGUGGAGCACCAGCAGGAGGAGCCCCUGCUGCAGGAGCACCAGCUGCUGCCGCUGCAGCCCCAGCCAAGGAGGAGGAGAAAGAGGAAAAGAAAGAAGAGUCUGAGGGGUCCGAUGAUGACAUGGGCUUCGGUCUUUUUGACUAAAAAGAUGGUUUUGUAAGAAACGCACAAUAAAAGUCAGCAAAAAAACUG